AUGGCCAAGAGUGACGAGGCUCAGAAGCAGCAGGCCACCAGCGACAGGAAAACAAUGGCGGCGUCGGCGGCGAAGAAGUUCAAGGGAGUGAGAAUGCGAACCUGGGGCUCGUGGGUGUCGGAGAUACGGGCGCCGAACCAGAAGACGAGGAUAUGGCUGGGCUCCUAUUCCACCGCCGAAGCCGCCGCCCGUGCCUACGACGCCGCGCUCUUGUGCCUCAAGGGCCCCGCCUCCGCCGCGCCAAAUCUCAACUUCCCCAUCUCCUCCUCCUCCUCCCACCACCACCACCGCAACACCUUCACCAACCCACCCAUGUCCCCCAAAUCCAUCCAAAGAAUCGCCGCCGCCGCCGCCGCCACCACCGCCGAACACCCAAAUCCUCUCCCGUUGCCGCCGUCAGAUAACUACAAUCAUUUUGUUCCGUCUCCGUACGCGUCGUCAUCUGCCACGUCGUUCUCAUCGUCCUCGUCGCAGUCCCCGGUUUCCACGCCCACGUCGGAUCAGCUGUACGAGGAUGUCGCCUCGCUGCCGCCGCAGUUCCCGCCUCUCGACAACAACUACUAUUAUGAUUAUGUUCAUCAGAGUGUUGAUCCUGCUCGUUACAACGACGAGGAGGAGCGUCGCAUUGUCGACGUCUCCUCGUGGCAAGGGUUCGACGAAUUCGACCAGCAGCAACAACGUCACGGCGACGAACAACUAAUUUUCCCCACGUUCGAUGAUGACUCGCUAGUGUCGUUCGGCGUGCCUCCGGCGCUGGACGAUUUUUACUACGAAGGCGAUAUUCGGCUGUGGAGCUUCGCGGAAUAA